AAAAGUACAGUUGUUUUAGACGACGCUGAAUUCUCUAUAUGGGUGAAGGUAGUAGUGCAGAUUUUUGACUGAUUUUAGAAGCAUCUCCAAAAUAAGUUAAAAGUGGAAUCCUUUUGGGUGUUUUUUCAAAGUUAGAUAUUUUGAGAACCCUUGGCAACCUAGAAGUACUGAGACACGACCUUGCCAAAAGCUUCAUAUUUUAAUGAUCCCAUCAUAGAUAGUGGCCUUAGAAGAAGUGGAGCAGUUCAGCAAAUCUAAUAAAUUACAGUGCACAUGGACCUGAAGAAUGAAACGUAACCUUUAAGAGUAUUGCUUUUGGAUGACUUCAUGGUAGAUUCAAUUGUCAGAGCUAAUUUGCUCUUCAUUACAUUCCCAGGCCUGCAAAUUCAUUAAAAAUGCGAAAUAUGUAUAUGAUUCCAAGUUGGCCAUAGAGCUGAGAAAUGUUGAGGGGAUUUGUUUCUGCCUUGCACCACACUUGUGUGAAUCUCCUGUUUUUUCAUUCGAGCCCACCAGUGGGAGUAUAAAGUUAAGAUUUAUUCACUUUUGGAUGGGCUACAAUGCAGUCAAGUUGACAUCCAGUUUUGGAGUGCACAUGGCAAAAAUUCUGAUGUCUGCAGAAGACAUGGAUUCAUUUUAGCAUGGCCCAGAGAAGAGCAGACACAGUAUAUCUUAAUUGCUGUAUCCUGUGUGUGUGAGAGAGUGAAUAAGUGUGUCUGUCUGUCUCAGCAGUGAUAUCCAGAGAGUCCUCUGAUGCCCUCUUUGAACAAGUACUGCUCCCUUACCUCCACCUGAACUUUCCCCUGCUGCUGCACUCAGCCAGCAAUGCUCAGGGCACCUCAUAAAUCAUCUCAAACAAAAUGUUUUAAUCCAUAAUGGGUUUCCCCGACAGAGAAAUGUACUACUUCUGGUAGGCAAACAGAUGCUUUUCAAGCCCCCUGUGUGUAGUUGUGGCACACAGUGCCAGAAUACCCUUACAGAAACUGAAAUCGCAUAUUUUUUGUGUGAGGUUACAUUCUGACAUUUCUGUAACUACACAUACACUGCACACAACUUGGAGAGCAUUUCUGAUUUCUAUUGGCUAUCAAAACAUCGAGGGCUACUAAUCCUGUUGCUGACGCAAGCAAUUGAUUCAAAGACUGUCUCACAAAACCAUAUAAAACAUAGUGACGAAUGUUGCACUGUUGUGAGCUAUUUGUGAAAUAAACAAGUGGAACAGAGGAAAUAGUUUGUUAUAUUAAAUGGUGCGAACACCGAUAGUAUUGAUUCUGAGUUAGCAUCCUGAAAGUUUGCAAGAGGGACAUUGAGUUGGUGUUUUGUUUGGGGUUGGGAGAAGAAGAAAAAAGGCACUGACCAUGCCAUCUUUGAUGUAUUUUUAAUUCGGGUUAUUGUUCCAAACACCAACCAGGGUGAAUUAGGGAAAGGGGUAAGACCAAUAACAUUUAGUUUGUGUUGUCAUCAUUGUCACAAUGCCUCAUUUCCUCUUUAUAUAUUGGAGGCAAGCCGAUAAAUUAGGGAUCAGAGAGUGUUUUUAAUGUCACACAUAUAAAAUAUCCUCAGUGCUUACUGAUGGUUCCCCAAUAAAAACAAUGAGAGACGGCUGUAAACAGUGUGAAUUGGAAAUCGAACAAUAUGAAAUGUGUCCAUCUCUCCCUAAUCUCUGUGCUCCAGAUGGCUCUGUAUUUGGAGUGAUUUGCAAUGUCCAAUUCCAGCGGGUGUUUGCUUCCCGAGUCAAGAGGACCUGGCGAGCUUUCUGUCCCUAUAGACAUUGGCUUUGGAAACCCAGAGCGUGGACAUAUAUUGUGUAGCUUAGUCAUUCAUCACAUAGCCUAACAGACGCGGGGACACAGCAAAGGUCACUUUCCUGAGAGAUAGCUAUGGAUUUUGAGCAUUGAUGAUCAUUCUUUCAUUUAGGCUAUUGUUUCUUUUUUACUUAAGGUGUCGCGUUUCUGUUCAAUUAGGAAGGCCUAAUGCUGAUUUCAGCAGUCGGGUCAUUCGUGAACUUCGAGAUGAACACCUUCAUUUCAACUGAUAUAGGUUAUGGUCAUCUGGGUCAUAUCCUAUACUAACAGCUUGCAUCUUACACUCCAGAAACAAAACUGCCACACCUGCCAUCACACAACAACCACAAGCAAACACAUGUGACCUCAUGUGAAACCUGUUGACAAAGCCCAUUGGUUUCAAUCAAACGUUAAGUACUUUAAUUGGCUUAGCACAAUGUCCCUCAAAGAGAGUUGGCAUGAAGUCUGCCGUCUUGCCGUAAUUGAGUGGAUAAUGCUUUUUCCAACAAAUGAAUUGCGUUUGUCCCUCUGUAAUAAUUUUCUGUAUAUUUAUGUUAUACACAUUGGUUACAAAUCACCUGAUAUACUCUGUCCAUGGCUCUGGCCAGAAUGGUGCUAUAGGUCAGGAGGAUAAUUAAUCGUGUAGGACGUUUCAUUUAAGAAAUGUUUUCACAGAAUUUCCCGAUGAUUCUUAUGAAUCGCAGUAGUUAUUUAAGCAUAACUUUUAAAAUUGAAUAAAAUGGCCAGUUACAGUAGCCUUCCUCAAAGAUUAUUUUAUUUUUUCCUUUUGUGAACGCUAUUGUCGGGUGUUGCUGACCGUGAAAGCGAAGGGAGGAGCCAAGCGGCUACGCUUCGGAGUUUGGCAGUAUGCUCAGUAAGUGCUGGAACACUGUCACCGUACAGUAGGAGCCUACAGAGAGUAUGUACACACACGAUUGUCUCGCACGGAACCUCUGAGUCAAAACCUUCGGCAUUGAGCGACUAUAGAGGACGUCUUCCAAGCAGCGGUGCACUGAAGCAGCGAGUGAACUGACCACUGAAGUUUGGGCUUUUGCUGGUCCAAGGAGGCGCCCGCUCAGGAGAGUGCUGUGGUUUAUCGUGUGGUUUCUGUGUCUUGUGGAGGGACUUGGGAGAAGAAUAGCAUUGUACGAUGUGCUGAAGUCCUAAGGAUCCAUACAAGUUUUAUUCUCAUAUUUCUGGGGUGUGAGCGAAAAUAGCAGAAGCGGAAAAUGGGGCGAAAGAAGAUCCAGAUCACGCGAAUCAUGGACGAACGGAACAGACAAGUCACAUUCACUAAGAGGAAGUUUGGCCUGAUGAAGAAGGCUUAUGAGCUGAGUGUCCUGUGUGACUGUGAGAUAGCAUUGAUCAUUUUCAAUAGUGCAAACAAACUCUUCCAGUAUGCCAGCACUGACAUGGACAAAGUCUUACUGAAGUACACCGAAUACAAUGAACCCCACGAGAGCAGAACCAACGCCGACAUUGUGGAGGCGUUAAACAAGAAAGAGCACCGGGGCUGUGACAGCCCCGACCUGGAUGCCUCUUAUGUGCUCGCCCCGCACACAGAAGAGAAAUAUAAAAAAAUUAAUGAGGAGUUUGAUAAUAUGAUGAGAAAUCACAAAAUCCCAUCUGCCAUGUCACAGCAGAACUUCUCCAUGCACGUGGCUCUGCAGGGGACCAACCCCAACACCCUGGCCUACAGUCCAGGCGGUUCCCUCGGAGACACUGGGGUGCUGUCUUCGCCCCAUGGUUCCUUGCACAGGAAUAUGGGCUCCCCUGGGAUGUCUCAAAGACCCCCCAGCACAGGAACUGCAGGUUCUAUGCUGGGAGCUAGUGAUAUGCCAAUGGUGAAUGGUGCAAUAUCCAGCCAAGUUGUGAAUGGCUUUGUGGGCAAUACCAGCGGGAACAGCUUGGGGAAAGGGAUGCCGGCCAAGUCUCCAUCGCCCCCUGGUGGCAAUCUGAAUGUUAGCGGCCGUAAACCGGACCUGCGAGUGGUCACUGGCAAAGGCAUGAUGCACCAACUGUCAGAGGAGGAAGAAAUAGUGGAUAUGAACGCCCAGAGAAUAAACAGCUCCCAGACCACCCAGUCACUGGCCACCCCAGUGGUGUCCGUUAACACACCCAGUCUUCCACACCAGGGUCUGGUCUACUCCGCCAUGGCCUCCACCUACAACUCAGACUAUCAGCUAAGCAGCUCUGACCUGUCUAACCUGCAAGGCUUCAGCCCCUCGGGUGGCCUGUCUAUGGGAUCUGCACCUUCAUGGCAACACCAGCAGAUGGGCCAUGGGCCACCAAGCUCACAAGGGGGCGGGAAUCACUUACCUCAAGGUGCCAACCUGUCUGUCAGCACCAUCCAUAAUAUCAACAUCAAGUCGGAGCCCAUUUCACCUCCCCGGGAUCGCGGAGCCUCCUGUGGGGGCUCGUCCGGUUUCAUGGCCCAUCCAGCUGCUCUGGCUCAGGCUCCAGCUCCCAGGCAGGAUGUGGGCCGCUCCCCUGCCGACAGCCUGAGCUCGUCCUGCAGCUCCUAUGAGGGCAGCGACCGCGAAGAGCAUCGGCCAGACUUCCACCACAAUAAUGCUGGGCUCAGCAGAGCCCCAGGUGGGGCAGGGGGGGAAGACCAGCAGAGUCCUUCAGCCAAGCGCCUGCGCAUGGACACCUGGGUUACCUAGAGUCAGUCACUCAGGUCGGCUUGGUUCAGCCAUCUUGGAUCGCUUUGGCAGGGAGUGUUUUGUAGUUGUUGCUGUUGUUACUGGUCUUGUUAAUGUUAUCAAUACAAAUUAUAUUGUUAUUAUUAUAUAAUGAAGUUACAAUAUCAAUAUGAAUGUGUCACGUUUUUAUUUAAAUGUUAAACAAUAAGACUGUUAUUAUUAAUGUUUGAAUAGGUAUUGCUAUUUUGUACUUGAUUUACUAUUUGUUUUGAAUUAAGAUUUAUAUUUACAGAAGUAAGUAAAACUAUAUCAUGUAGGUCAUUAUUUCAGCAGGGUGCUUUUUUUGUCAAAUGAUAGAAAGGCAAUAUGCAGUGAUGUUUUAAUACUUUUGGUUUGUAUUUGAGGUGACAUUUUUUUUUUUUGUAUUUUAAAAUGACACUGUUGUUUAUAAGAAACUGUAUGUUGCUUAUGGGUGCACGACAGAUGGAUUUUUUUGCAGUUGUAUGACUGGUAUCCAUUUUGCUUCUUUUUGCAAGAUGACAUUUCUGUAAGCCAAAGGUCUAUGUUAUCAUUUAUGUUCAUAGUUCAUAGUUUUUAUAUAUUUACAUUUUAUUACUGAGACUACAACAGGUAAUUGAAGCCAUGGACAUUGAGUAUGAACACGCACACACACACACACACACACACACACACACCUGAGCCUACUUUGAUAGCUUUGUUUUUUAUAGUGUGCGUUACGUAGCUCUCAAGUCAGGUUAACAUUUGUGAAUUACUGCCAACCUUGCCAGGCUUUAACUUCAGUUUAACUUUUUUUUCAGAAGGUAAAAUUCAGACAGUGUGCGGCACUCUUGUAACAUGUAUCAUGUGCUCACAAUUACUCUGGAUUGUCUUCAGUAGCUCUUCAACACUGGUUAUGAACAAAUAGCAUCUGCUUACCAGAAGACUGUACACCUAGGCCAUCCAGCCGUCGGCUAUUUGACAGUAACCCAACUGUGGAGUGUACCGUUUAGAUGAAAAGGUACAGCACAGUACCCCAUCUUUAGUACUGUAGGACUGUAAUUAGCAACUCUGAAUAUCAAGGAGGAUAGACACGAUAGGUCUACGAAAUACUUAAACAUAGCUUUUUUUCCUUUGUAAUAGAGUGUAUAUAUUGUAAAUAUGUUAUUGUAUUGAAAGGAAUGAAUGGCAUAUUUAAAUAUUAAGUGAAAUACAGCAUAUUUAAAUCACAA